AUGUUUACUCAGCAGCGACGAGCGCUGUCGAAAGAUGUCACCGUCCAAGUCGUGAACCCUCCUUUGCACCUGCCUCCACGAGCCACGUUGCUCAAAUUCAUCUCAGAGUGUGGAAUCUGGCGACCUGUACGUCGCACGUUUCUAUCGCAAAAGCUGUCCUGUUCGCUCUACGAGAAGAACAACCACCAAGAGGUUGUGCCUCAGAACGUUCUUCUGAAUCCGUUUAUGAUACGAGUGACCGCGGGAGCAGUGGAUUUAAGCGCGGUUUUCGAGACCGGACGUACGUCACGUAUUAUCUCUAAGUACCUCGUUCAUGCAAACUUCGUCCCUAACAACCCAGCUUAUGACAUUGCCCUCCUCGAGAUUUAUCCACGAGUGCGCUGGUCACCCAAGAUUCGGCCAUUGUGUCUACCGGAAACGCCGGUUCAGACCAUGCAGCACUGCUACAUGUACGGCUACGGAUCGACAAUGAGAAUUGACUCCAGACCAUCAUCCACGUUAAAAUAUGCAACUCUUGCCAUCCUCAACCAGAGUGUCUGCCUUCGGCACUUUCAGUACAACAGCCGUCGCCUUAUUUGCACGUCUAGCAUCGAUGCACAUCGAACACCAACCAACGGGGACUUCGGAGGGCCAGUGUUGUGCGCUGAAUCUGAUGGCGGCUAUUUUUGGUAUGCACCACGUGGCAUAAUCACCGAGCAGAUCAACACCCGUGGUUGUCUGCACAUUCAUACUGAUGUGACCGCAUUUAAAAAUUGGAUAUCAGUAGCAGCUGGCCAACUGAACUCGCUUCCACCAAACAGUCGAAGCAAGCUGGGUUUAAACCCGUACAGCUUGCAGGUAUUGACUUGA